UCACCAUCAAAGACAAACCAGUUCAUUCAUUAACAAAAUUUAGAGCUGAGCUACAGGACUAAAAAUCAACUUGCGAUACAACCUAGGUACCCUUAUCCACAAUCAAGUACCACUUACAUCUGCGCACGUUACAUCAUAGUCCGUCACCCAUCCCGUCAAAACCAGGCUUGGCCCCGUUGGUACUAUCUAGUUCUAGGACUAGGACUAGGUCUAGGUCUAGGUACAGCACGGUACCUUGACCACAAAUCGGGCUUUGUACUACUACAACUUAUAAAUCCCCAACCCUACAUACAAUGCCGCCCAUACCAUCAACCCCAGGUCCACACCUGCCUCGCAUCAUAACAUAUUUCCAAACCACGCACACCCGCGAUGGCAAGCCCAUCUCAGUCCUGCCCCUCAUCAGGGAGCCCGGCGUGAGCGUGACCCACGUCAUCGUCGCCGCCAUCCACCUAAACGAGGACCCGGACGCCAUCACGCUCAACGACCACCACCCGGGCCACGAGCGCUACCAGACCAUGUGGGCCGAGAUGCGCAUCCUCCAGGCCUCCGGGGUCAAGAUUCUCGGGAUGCUGGGAGGGCACGCCCGCGGCUCCUACGAGCGCCUGGACGCCGACCAGGCCCAGUUCGAGAGGUACUACGCUGCGCUGCAUAGGAUGAUUGAGACGCACGCCCUCGAGGGCCUGGACCUCGACGUCGAGGAGCCCAUGUCGCUGCAGGGCAUAGUGCGCCUCAUUGACCGCCUCCGCGCCGACUUUGGCCCCGACUUCAUCAUCACCCUGGCCCCCGUGGCCACGGCGCUGCUGGGCGACGAUGACCCGCGCCGGAACCUCUCGGGUUUCGGUUACGACGCCCUGCACGCCGAGAGGGGUCACGAGAUCGCGUGGUACAACACCCAGUUCUACUGCGGGUGGGGCGACUGCAGCAACCCGGUCAUGUACGAGCUCAUCAUGUCCAGAGGCCGCUUCCCCGCCGACAAGGUCGUGGUCGGCCUCGUCACCAACCACGCAAACGGCAGCGGCUGGGUGCCCUGGGAGAUGCUGGCAUCUGUGCUCCCCAUCCUGGUCGGCCGCCGCGCCGACUUUGGAGGCGUUAUGGGCUGGGAGUACUUCAACAGCUUGCCGGGCGGCGAGGAGAAGCCUUGGGAGUGGGCCAUGUUCAUGACUGCCCUGAUCAGGGGCGACAGGGCCGUCGCGCCCCAGGAGCAGCACGUGCUAGAGUCGGUGGAAAGCGAGAGCCAGAGGGAGAGAGAUGAGAGGGCUAGGCAAAAGAAGGAGGCGGAGAGUCAGAAGGCUGCCGCAGCGGUUAUGGAGGCAGAUCCAGACGACUCUAAAGGAGGCGACGCACCCGUACCGCAUGAGUUUGAGUAUCACUCAGACGGGAGAGAAACGCCGGGAUCCCCCUAGAACCACAUAAGCCUUCGCAUAUCAGUGCUCCUUUUUGAUAGAAAUGUUGGUUAUCUAUGGUUCCUAUGACAAGAUGCUACUGUAAUGGUCUGAUGUGCUACAGAUGGAACGCAUGAAUACCUACUUUUGCGCCUGUUGGCCUGCCUGAAGUAUUCGGCUUUCAGAAUGUCAAACACGACAUUCAGGACGUUACUGCCCCAGCUACCACUGGAGGAGCAGCAGAUGGGUCAACCAAAGAUAGCUUGGCGAGGCUCUUGAUCAAUGGACUACUUAUAGCCAUUUCGCAGUUGUAGGGCAUGAAGGUGUUUUCCUCGCUCAGCUCGACUGCUCGUCCACCCCCGGCCUUCAUAACCAGCGUCCUGCUUGAGACAGAUCCGGGGCUUUGAUGUCUACAUAUGUAGACUUGUGUCGGAAGACUCGAACGCCGCAACACAAAGCUACCCAGUACAACGAUGGAUGAGAAUGUUAGAGGUGCAACAGCCACGGCGUAGAGCUUUUUUCCAUCCGAGUUGAGUUAUCCGAGCUCCCGAUUCCGAGCUGCCGUUUCGAGCUUCAUUUUUAUCUACCUAAGUAGCGUCAAGGCUUGAUGCAAGUAAUCUUACAAUCUUGCACCAGGGCGAAUCAAAAGAAUCGUCCCCCGCUUUCCCGUAUUUCAAGCUGACUUUCUCCGCUUUAAUCUGUGUUUUUCUAUCC